AGCCAGUGCUCUACUUGGCAAUUUGGCACACACACGUACUUGUAACUUGUACCAGCAUUUCCUUCACAUCCAAAACCCACACAAAACUCUUAGCUUACAAGAAGAAGAAGGCGCAGAAAAUCAAAUUAAGAGGAGAAAUGGCGAGCAGCCGAAAAACGACUUCGGUCGACGACGAGGUAGCGGAGGUCGGGAAGGUGGUGGUGGAGAUCAAUGGAACCAUGAAUGACGCCGGAGCAAGUGGCUUGCUCCGGAAGGGUGACGUGGCGCAGGUGUGCCUGAGGGUGAUGUGCAUGGCGGCUUCGGUGACGGCGCUGUUGUUCAUGGUGACAGCCAGGGAGGCGAGCACUGUCUCCAUCUACGGAUUUCAGCUCCCCGUUAACUCCAAGUGGUCUUUCGCCGACUCCUUCGAGUAUCUGGUGGGAGUUUCAGCAGCUGUGGUAGCUCACUCAUUGCUGCAACUAGUAAUAAUUGUGUCAAGGCUGCUGAGGAAGUCUCCAUUAAUUCCCUCGAGAAAUCAUGCAUGGCUUACUUAUGCUGGGGAUCAGGUACUUGCAUAUGCAAUGAUGAGCGCAGGGUCAGCUGCAUCCGGGGUAAGCAACCUGAACCGUACCGGGAUCCGGCACAUGGCUCUGCCUGAUUUUUGUAAACCUUUGCACAUUUUCUGCGACCAUGUUGCAAUCUCAAUAGCCUGCACUUUCUUGAGCAGCCUCUUGCUGUCCAUAUCUGCUAUCCAGAAUGUGAUUUGGCUCUCAAACAACUGAUGAGAUGGAGUUGCAUCAUUUUGCACUUGCUUAAUGUUCUUGCGCUUCAACUCUGUAAUGAUAGUUAUGUACCAUUAAAUAAAUUAAUUAAUCCCACUGUUUUUAAGACUGGGAGGGAAUUCUGGAUGCUGGGUAUGGUAAUGUUCCAAAUGCUGGGAAUUCUGGAUGGAUGCCUAUGGUGCAAUUUGAUAAUCAGCUUGUUAGAAUGCU